AUGAAUAAUCCCAAAUCUAUAACCCAGAAGUUAACCGAGAUUAUUGAGACUAAGGAGUACUUGGUCACUAUGUACGUUUGUACUUUUGUAUGGCUGAUUUAUCUCCUAGGGGUCAGGAUGACCGAUGAUGGUAUAGGAGCGUAUUUCUGUUACUUUUUCUUCAACCUCUACUUAGCUGUUACCAAUCUGAUCUUCUUCUUGACUGCAGCUUCUGAAGUUACAAUCACAACUCUUAUCAAGAAAGAUCCUGUUGUAUCCCUAAAUGGAAAUCCCAACUUUGCUGGGAAUGGUCAUCCAAAUGUUUUUAAUAAUGGUAGUCAAAAUCCUGUAAACAAUGGCCAUCCAAAUCCUGUGAACAAUGUCAAUCCUAAUCCAGCUGCCAAAGGUAAGCCUCCUAUUGUAGUCAAUGGUGCUGACAACCAUGUUGCUGUUGUUCCUAUGAACAAUCAUGGUAGUGAAGAAGAGAAGGAUCCAGAACCUAAGCCUUCUACUGAGGAGAAUCCCACUUGGCUGUUGAUACUUUCCAUUUUCAUUGGAUACUUCUGGUAUGCUUUGUUCUGCUUGUUACAGAAAACUAAGGAGAAUACCAGAAAGCCUGACCGUGCCACAAUGAGAAAGCAUAUCUUGUUAGUAUGAGGUAUCUCUUCAUUACAGUGGUUGCUCUGCCUCAUCCUCCCAGUUGUAACUUUCAAAGGAAGCGCAGCAGGCUUUUGGCUAUCAUUCCUGUGGAUGAUCUACCUCCAAGGAUUUUGCUACACUGUUUAUUUCCAGACAAGGGCUUAUCUCUUUGAGGUCAAAUGGGUGCCAUACUUCUCUCCAGUCACUUGGCUCUUUAUGAUCGGAGGUUAUACAUCCAUGAUCUGUGGUACCAAUAAACAUAACCCAAACACGCAGGAAAAACCCGUAAAUCUAAGUGGAGCACCUCUGAAUCAAAAUGAAAUGUAUGGAAAUCAAUAUCCACCCCACCCUGUUGACGCUAAUGGUAACCUUAUAAUCCACCCUCGUGCUAACACUCUCGCAGACCUAAACGAUCAACGCCAAGCUAACGGCCCUGAACAACUAGACGACCCUGAACAAGACCCUCACCAGCACCCAGGCGUAAACAAAGAGAACAUCUUCCAUCCCAAGAACCAAGUUGCUCCAGACCAAUAAGAGUUUCACUAAGAAUUUUCACUAAGAAUUUUGGACUAAGACUCCAA